CAUUUGCUAAUAAAUUGAAAAGUCUCCCAACCCCCUCCAAUACGGCCAUUAACUAAAAUGUGGAAAAGAGAAUAGACUUGCGUUCCAAUUACUUUCUUUUUGUUAUAAAAGAGAUGAACAAUGAAUGGUGUUAUUGCAUAUUACAAUUUAAAGAAAUGUUGACUUCCCUAUCACAUAUGGCGAGCUUAAUUGCCUUUGUGCUCACUACUUCCCUUGCCUUUAGUACAGCAAAAUCCCAAUCCAAUUUAACCAGAGGUUCUUCUUUAAAGCCUACUGGUGCCACCACCUCUUGGUUGUCGCCAUCCAGAUUAUACGCAUUCGGUUUCUACCCACAAACAGGCGGCUACGCGAUUGGUAUAUAUAUUGCUGGAAUUCCAGAAAGGACUGUCGUCUGGACGGCUAGUCGUGACACCCUUCCGUUCUCAAGUAAUGCUACUUUGAGAUUCACAUCUGAUGGAAGGCUCGCUGUGGAACAAACACAGGGUCAGCAAAUCAGUUUAUUUGAUACUGUUGGUGCUUCUUUUGCUUCCAUGCAAGAUUCCGGCAACUUUGUGCUCUACGAUUCCACAGGGACGGUACUUUGGCAAACCUUUGACCACCCGACGGACACCCUUUUGCCUGGACAACGUCUCCUACCUGGCCAAAGUUUGUAUUCAGGUGUCUCGGAGACCGACCAGUCAAUUGGUGUGUUCCAGCUCAGUAUGCAAACCGAUGGGAACCUUGUGCAGUACCCAAACAGAGGGACUGAUAAUGGUCCAAAUACAUCUUACUGGAAUACCGGCACAUUUAAAGCUGGACCUAACGUGACACUGAAUCUGGAUUCCAGUGGUUUUUUGUAUAUGUUGCAAAAUUCAACCUUUUUGAUCCGUAAUCUAACUCAAGGAGGAUAUCCUACAAAAGAUGCUAUUUAUGUCAUGAAAUUGGAUGUGGAUGGAAUCCUUAGAUUGUAUUCUCAUGAUCUAAGUGACAUAAACAAGAAUGGAUCCGUCAUAUGGGAAUCCUCACCAAACAAGUGUGCAGUGAAGGGUCUUUGUGGCUUAAAUGGGUAUUGUUUGGGCACAAUAGAUGAUGCAAGAUGUCAAUGUGUACCGGGAUUUGAAGUUGUAAAUCCAAAGCGUUGGACUUUGGGUUGCACGAGAAAAGACACCGUAGAAAGCUGCAAGAUUCAGGAUGCUAAUACGGAAAUCCAGAUGACAAAUUUGGAUCGUGCUCGUUGGGAAGAUGCUGCGUAUCUCAUCCUUAAAGCAUCAACCGGAGAAGACUGUUCAUCUGUUUGCUUAAACGACUGUAACUGCGAGGUGGCAUUGUUCACCGGACAGGAAUGCAAGUUGCAGGGGCUACCAUUAAGAUAUGUGGAAGUGAGCAAUACCGAGUCAACUGUUGGGUUUAUUAAACUAUACACAUCUUCUCUAAAUAAUGGAGCGAAUCGAACUGAUCACUCAACUCAUGUCAAGAAAGCGCAACAAAAGAUGAUCAUGGUUAUCGGGAUUUCACUCAUCUCAUUUGCUGUACUUGUUUUGCUAGUUUCUGGAGUAAUUGUUUACAAAACGCAAGUUUGGGCAUACAAAAAGAUAUCUAAGAAUCUAGAUGUCCAAUUACUCGAGGACACGGGGCCUCGGGCAUUUUCUUAUGCUGCGUUAGAGAAAAUCACAGAUGGUUUUAAAGAAGAGUUGGGUAGCGGAUCAUUUGGGAUAGUUUACAAAGGUAUCAUAGAGAGCACAAUGAGAGAUGUUGCGGUGAAGAAGUUAAAAGAAGAACUAGCACAAGAAGGGGAACGAGAAUUUCAAACCGAAAUGAAAGUGAUUGGGAGAACACACCAUCGUAACCUAACAAGACUACUCGGGUACUGCUGUGAAGGUCCAAAAAGGCUACUAGUUUUUGAGUACAUGACUCAAGGAUCACUUGCAAAUAUACUAUUCGCACCCGAAGAAAGCAAGCCAAAACCGUGUUGGAUGCAAAGAAUUAGAAUGGCGGUUGAUGUAGCUCAUGGUAUCCUUUACCUACAUGAAGAAUGUGAAAAGCCUAUAAUUCACUGUGACAUUAAGCCUCAGAAUAUCCUCAUGGACGAGUAUGGAUGCGCCAAGAUUUCUGAUUUUGGGUUGGCUAAACUACUUGAACAUGAUCAAUCCAGAACCUCCACCUUGAUAAGAGGAACAAGGGGUUAUCUUGCACCUGAAUGGCACAAGGGGCUACCUAUAACGGUUAAGGUGGAUGUAUAUAGCUUCGGGAUUGUUUUGUUUAAUAUUUUAUGUUGUCGGAGGAAUGUGGACAACAAUCUUCCUGAGAGUGAAGCCAUUCUUGAAGACUGGGUGUAUGACUGUUAUGAAGCAGAUGAUUUAUUGAAACUUGUAGAUUAUGAUGAGGAUGUAGAAAAGAAGAGAUUCGAACAAAUGGUCAAAAUAGGGCUUUGGUGUCUUCAAGAGGAGCCAUCUCUUCGCCCUUCGAUGAAGAGAGUGGUGUUGAUGCUUGAAGGGACGGUAAAAAUACCAGCACCUCCCAAACCUACUUCAUUCCUUAGUGUCGUUUAGCUUACAAAACCAGAUAAAAACAUCAUUCUGUUUCACAUUACUUUGGUUUAUCAAGUGUGUAUUUAAAGGAAAUUCUUAGAGCAGACUGUUAAUUAGGUAGUUAUGCAAUUCGUUUUGAGUUUUACAAUUAUAUAUAACUUGGCAUCAUAGCAGGCAGUCUGUUCCAACAACUACCUUUGAUCAAUAAUCUCAAUAGUAGCUCA